AAAAUGACAACAAUCGAUGGAAUUAGAAUGGAUAAAAAUAAGGCAAAAUGUGAACAUAGAAAGGCAGAGAAAGAGUUGAAGAAAUUUAAGAGAGGCAACGAAUUGAAAAAGAAAGGAAAAGUUGGAAAGAAAGAAGACUGGAGAAAGCGAAUGAUAAAUUUACAAAAUGAACUUACUGAAUUUAAUGAAAAAGCUGGUGGAGAAUUUUAA